GCCUCUGCCUUCGCGCGGCGGGAGGCCGAAGUGCUGCUGCGGCCGCUGCCGGCAGAGUUGCGCGGUGGCAGCCGCCGCGGAGGGUCCCUGCUUUCCUCCUCCCGCUUCGGAGUCUGCUGCGCGGAGCCAUGGCGGAGCCUGGGCGCCCAGUGCCCCUCCUUGGUCGCCGGCCUUUGCCCCUGGCCGCCUGCCUCUGCCUCCUCCUCCUCCUCGUGCCCCCCCUCGAGGGAAGCGAGCCCCCCAGCUCCGCGGACCCCGACGGCGCCCCCUAUGCGGGUACAUUUGAACCUUCCUUUAUUGCUAAAAGUGAAGAUCGAUUGUUUAAACAUUUAUUUGAAGACUACGAAAGAUGGGUCCGCCCAGUGGCACGCUUGAACGAUACAAUCAGAGUGAAAUUCGGCCUUGCAAUUUCCCAGUUGGUGGAUGUGGAUGAGAAAAAUCAGUUGAUGACGACAAAUGUUUGGUUGAAGCAGGAAUGGGUUGAUGUAAAAUUGAUGUGGGAUCCUAAAGAUUAUGCUGGAAUAACAUCUAUCCGUGUCCCUUCAGAGUCAAUAUGGAUUCCAGAUAUUGUUUUGUAUGACAAUGCAGAUGGUCGUUUUGAAGGGACAGCUACGAAAACUGUUGUUAAGCAUGAUGGCACCAUUGCGUGGACUCCACCAGCAAAUUACAAAAGUUCCUGUACCAUAGAUGUCACCUAUUUUCCAUUUGACCUCCAAAACUGCUCCAUGAAAUUUGGCUCUUGGACGUAUGAUGGCUCGCAAGUCGAUAUAAUUCUAGUAGACGAAGAAGUUGACAAGCGAGACUUCUUUGAUAACGGAGAAUGGGAAAUAGUAACUGCAACAGGAAUCAGAGGGAACAGAACAGAUGGAUGUUGCUGGUAUCCAUUUAUUACAUAUUCAUUUAUAAUUAGACGCUUGCCUCUCUUUUAUACGCUUUUCCUGAUUAUUCCCUGCAUAGGACUAUCGUUCUUAACCAUCCUCGUCUUCUAUCUUCCGUCUUACGAAGGAGAGAAGAUCUCUCUAUGCACCUCGGUGCUGGUGUCUUUAACUGUCUUUCUUCUUGUCAUUGAAGAGAUCAUACCUUCAUCUUCUAAAGUGAUACCGCUUAUUGGCGAGUAUUUGGUAUUCACAAUGAUCUUCGUGACAUUAUCCAUAGUAAUAACUGUCUUUGCUAUUAAUGUUCACCACCGAUCUUCGUCCACUCACAAUGCGAUGGCACCCUGGGUCCGCAAGAUAUUUCUUCAUAAGCUUCCAAAACUGCUCUGCAUGAGAAGCCAUGUAGAUAGGUAUUUUGCUCAGAAGGAAGAGAACAGCAAAACGGAUGGAGUGGAGCCCUCAAGGAAUACCUUGGAAGCAGCCUUAAGUUCGAUCCGAUACAUUACGAGGCACAUUGUCAAGGAGAAUGAAGUACGUGAGGUUGUCGAAGACUGGAAAUUCACAGCCCAGGUGCUUGACCGCGUGUUCUUAUGGACAUUUCUUCUGGUUUCAAUAAUCGGCUCAUUGGCACUAUUUAUUCCUGUAAUUCAUAAAUGGGCAAGCAUAAUAGUACCGAUCCACAUGGGAAGCACAAGCAAAUAAAUUUAAGAGUGUGAGCAGAGUUGUACCAGUUUUCUCAGCAUAUUAAACUUAAAGCUAUAUACUGUAGAGAAACUAUCUGGCAGACUUUUAACAUAGAAUUGUGAAAUCUUUAGGGAAUGGCUGAGCUGGGACCCGGACUUAUGCUUCAGCAUGGACAUCUUAGGACGCGGGCAAUAUGUUCUUAACUGUUCAUAGCUUUCCUGAUAGUGAGGCAGGGUCCACCAGCGUGUCAUUGCUGCUUUGAUGCGGCCCCAAACUACCUACAGAAUAUAUGAGGGACAAUGCACAGAGGAAAGACCUCUUUGAUAGGUGAUGAAGUUCCUGCACUAAGAAGACUUGGCAUUUUGCUUAGAACAUUUCAGAUAGUCAGAACUUUAUCUCUGCUCUCCGUCAUCCCUUACAACAGUCUUGCAAGGCAGGACACUGUUGUUAUCACCGUAUUGCAGAUUGGAGCUGGAGGCUGGGACUGAGAGAUGGGGGCUUGGUUGGCUUGCAGCUGGAUCUGCCCGGCUUACAGCUCAUGCUCUCAGCUGCUGUGUUGUGCUUGGUCUCAUGGUGUGGCGCUCCCAGUCAGCUCCACCAUAUUCUGCUGCUGGUGCUGCUGCUAUUAGCACGGGAUUCAUUACUUGUUCAGUCUCCCUCCUUAUGUCACAGCUGGAUUCCCCCCCUCCCCCAGACUGCUCUGCAGUCGACUGUCUAUGGCCAUGUCAUAGACUCAAAGCUGCUCAGCUCAAAGCUGCAGGAACGCUUAAAAUAUUGGGAUCUUCCACGCCAUGAGAAAAAAAGAGGCUAUACUGCAGCUGAUUUCAAGUAUUAAAUUUGGGGAUGGGCAAGCUGUCAGUAAAAAAAGUCGUGCCCUUGAGUCGGUGUCGACUCCUGGCAACCACAGAGCCCUGUGGUUUUCUUGGGUAGAAUACAGGAGGGGUUUCCCAUUGCCUCCUUCCACGCAGUAUGAGAUGAUGCCUUUCAGCACCUUCCUAUAUCGCUGCUGCCCGAUAUAGGUGUUUCCCAUAUUCUAGGAAACAUACCAGUGGGGAUUCGAACCAGCAACCUCGUGCACGCUAGGCAAGUCAUUUCCCUGCUGCGCCAUAAGGUGGCAGGCAAGUUGUACACCUAUAACACCACAUGAUUCCUUCUACGUAAGGCAGAAAGCUGCCCGAGAGCUACACUGCCUGCAUGCUGGCUAUUUAUCAGAUAGAGCUGUGUGGUUGGCACCCCCCAGCUCAUUAGGAUAAGCUGCUACAGCUAAAAAGCUUUCAAGUCUGUGUGCUCGCCUCUUCUGAGCUUUGGUGUGGAGCUCUGUCUGAUGGCACAAUCAUGGAGAGCUGGUCUUGUGGUAGCAAGCAUGACUUGUCCCCUUUGCUAAGCAGGGUCUGCCCUGGUUGCAUAUGAAAGGAAGACUAGAAGUCUGAGCACUGUAAGAUAUUCCCCUCAGGGGAUGGAGCUGCUCUGGGAAAAGACCCUGCAUGCUUGCAAGCAGAAGGUCCCAGGUUCAAUCCCUGGUUACACCUCCAAGAUAAGGCUGAGAGAGACUCCUGCCUGCAACCUUAGAGAAGCCACUGCCAGUCUGUGUAGACAAUACAGAGCGAGAUGGACCUAUGGUCUGAUUCAGUAUAUGGCAGCUUCCUAUGUUCCUAUGUACAUGUGAGCACUGUAAGGUAUUUCCCUUAGGGGAUGGGGCCACUCUGGGAAGAGCACCUGCAUGCAGAAGGUUCCAGGUUCCCUCCUGACACCUCCAAAAAGGGCUGGGAGAGAUUCCUGCCUGUAACCUUGGAGAAACAAUACUGAGCUAGAUGGACCAAUGGUCUGACUCGGUAUAUGGCAGCUUCCUAUGUUUUGUUCCUGUGUUCUGUUAAAUGGCAGUUAUGCGGCUUAUCCAAACCUGGAUCUGAAAGUUAACUAUGUUUUAGGAACCAUUAUUAAACCAGGAUGUGAAACCAGAGCUGAAUGAGUAGGCCUGUUCACAUGAUCAUUAAAAUUUGGGUAGGAGCUGGGUUGCUGUCUUUUGCAUGACAGUGAGAACCCAUGGAAAUCCCUCCAACCCAGGUUGCUCAAAACAGAGUAGUCCAGCUUUUGCACCCUGCUCUUAACCGAGAGGAGAGGAGAGCUCCCCUACUUUGCUUUUCUGGUCGUGUUGAUCCACUUACCAUUUCUGCCUAACAGGUCUGGAAACACUAAAGAACUGUGGCUACAAAGGCUGCUGUCCUUGAAUGUGCCACUCUGCAAAGUACACUCUAUGAUCAUUUAGCUGGAGCCACUUCAGCAAGGCUGGGUCUGCCUCCUGCUCCUUCAUGGCCAAUCAGAGGGCAGCUGAUGACAUCAUGAAACUUUCCAGUAUACUGGCAGUGCUAAGCAUGCUGGGAAGACCAGCUAGGACUUUGGAGGUCUUUCCAUGCUUACAACUCCUAAUUUCAACAAUGGCAGCCUCGCCUGGCUUAAUAAUGUAUUUCCUGGGUUUGCUGAUCCAGAGGUUCUGAUCACGUGCUGCUAUUGGAGUAGCAGCUUUCUAGCCCUCCUCCAAAUAGCCAUGUGAACAGACCUUCUGUUCCACAUCUUGGUAGAAUUCCACAUCUUGGUACAAUUAUGACCACAGUAUGGCAUAAUAAUUAUGCCAUACUUGUCUGAAUCUGAGACUAGAUUUUUUCCAAGUUCUUUGAUGUUAGAAACUGAGGGGUCAUCUUAAAUUAGGAGUCCUAUUCCUUUCAGGUAGAUACAAAUUUAACCUCUACUUAACCUGUUUUAAUAGGGUUGUCUUAAAUGCAGAGUCAUCUUCUAUUCAGUUAAAUAUGGUAGUUGGAAUUUUAGGUUCAUGUGAGCCGUAGAGCUGUGGUUUAAGGAAUUACCAUUUUCCCAGCAUGCAAGCUGAAGAGUUAGGGAAGGAGAGAGCACACAGGCUCAGAAGCGUUUAAGACUGUGUACAUGACCAAGCACAACUAGUCCACAAUCUAUGAUCUGCCAGUUCACACAUUUUUCCCAUUUGCGUGGUUGUGUGGAGAGAAAAAAAGUAUUUUAAGAAUGUUUAAGAAUGUCUUUUUCAAAGACCUCUUUAAUGCGUAAAUAAAACAUAAAAACAGAUGUUCAAAGAUAGCAAACGUUUCAGUGUGAUACAUCAGCUUCAGCACUAUACAAUAGUAGCUGAAACAUGCUCUUCUGUUUAAAAAUAUUUGUUUUUUAUAUUUUCGAAGAGGCAAAUUAGCAUGCUAACUGGGACCUUAAAUUAAAAGGAUCUCUUCAAACACUUGCAUGUAUAUUAAGGCAGAAUCACACAUACAAUUUACUGUUUAAAUGCACUUUAGAGAUAUGGAACCAAGUUGGGAAAUUCUUAUGUCAACUUUGAACUGUAGCAACUCAGUUCAUGUCUUCAGUUGGUAUAAAAUGGCAUUCUUAAUUACCGGUGGCUUUAUCAUCUAAGCAGAAGAGCUGUUUUAAAAGACCUGGAAAAUUCCAGUUUUAAUAUUAGAGUUUUUAAAAAAAGAAUUUUAAAGUUUACCAGCUACAUGAACUUACUUUGGGGUUGAUUGUGUAUUAAUGAUAAUAAACGAAAUCUUGCAUUUGAUACUUGU